GUUGGCACUAAUGAUAUAGAACGCUGACCAAAAACCACGAACGUGUAAAUCAUGGCGGAUAGAAGUGCGAAGGACAAAGAUCGGAAAGAGGAUGACGAAUUGGAUGAACUUCUUGAUAGUGCACUUGAAGAUUUUGACAGCAAAGCACCAUUGGCAACAAAACAUAGCUCACAAACUGAUUCAGAAAAUGGAGAAAAAUUGUCAGAUUCUUCAAAAAAUCCCUGUAACAGCAGAAAAUCAACACUGAAAACUGAGGGAAGUAGUAGUGCAUCAGCUUCUUCUCAACAAACCACUGAUCAUGCUCGUUCAGGAGUUGACUUCAGCCAAGUAGCUGGCCUAGAAGAUUUGGAAAAUGCAAUGAAAUCAAUUUUAGGAGAUGAGCCAGAAUUGCUGGCACAACUUGAACAGUUUGCUCAAGCUGCAGCCAAUGCAGAACCUGAUAAUCCAUCAUCAGUAGCAGAUCUCGAAGCCAAUCUGGCCAGAACCAUGAAUCAUUUGGCCCAGAAUGCUAAAGAUUUAGAGAAUGCUGGGUCUCUUAAUGAAGAUUUCUUCAAGUCAAUGGCAGACAUGAACUUGUCUGGUGGUGAUGGAGACAUGGAUUUCCUUCCAUUGAUGCAGGGAAUGAUGCAGAACUUGCUAUCCAAAGAUGUACUUUAUCCGGCAUUGAAAGACUUGAGAGAAAAGUAUCCUGGGUGGUUAGAAGACAAUAAAGCAUCGUUAACAUCCGAGGAGUUUGCUCGUUAUGACAACCAGUAUAAAGUGGUGGGUAGAAUUUGUUCAGAGUACGAGGCUGAGAGCAGUAGUGAUUCAGAUGAUGUGAGGAAAAAGCGAUUUGAAAAACUACUUGGACUCAUGCAACAGAUGCAAGAAUGUGGGCAGCCUCCAUCAGAACUUGUUGGAGAAAUGCCUCCAGGGUUCCCUGGGCCUUUUCCAGAGAUGCCUCAAGAGGCACCAGAGUUACCAGAUGAACUCAAAAAUGAGUGCAAAGUGUCUUAGCCUGUAGGACACAAGAAUGAAAACAAAGCAACAUCACAUAUCACUUGCAAUGGACAAAAAAAGCUCUUUGCAAAGGCUUUCUUAGUUUUGUGCAAGAGUGAGGCUAUCAAAAGGGACAUAUCUAAGACAAGUCGGAGAAAUGAUAACGUUACAAUUAUUUAAAAGUGAUUUAUCAUUUCAUUUGUGUUCAUGAAAGAACACAUGUAUUGGAAGUGAGGUACUGCUGGACUGGACCUCUGGUAUUGGAAAGCGAGGGAAGUUAUGAUGAAGAACUGAGUGGAGCUUAUAUUAAGAGUCAAGUUGGGAUGUUUUAUAAAACUCAUACAAUAAUUACUUUAACAUGCAACACCAAUAGUGAAACAUGCCUGUUACUGCAUCAUUUGUGUCUAAAAUUUACAAUGUGUAAGUCAAAGUUAUGGUUUGGUGGCGGAAUAAUCAGUUCAGCUACAGUGUAAUUCACUAGUUGUGACUGGCCACUGUUGAGAGACAGAAUGGUUUUCUUUUUAAGCUGUUUUAGUUAAGGACAAAUUUUUAACUAUUUGGUGCUCCAUAAAUCUGUGGUGGGGUUGGGGGGGGGGGGUGGUUCUGAAGUUAAACAACCCUCACACACAAAUUGUCUCAAGGUUAUUCUUUUAAGAACAGAUGUACAUGUAAUAAAAGGAUGUUUUUUGUUGUGCAUUUUAAAUUUAAUCUUGAACACGGAGAAUAAUGCAUGUUGCAAAUCCAGUCGUAGUACCAACUGCACUUUCUCCACUCAUUGAGAGAUAUGAUAGGGUAGACAGGGAAAUAGAUCCAGUUCUUGAA